AUGGAUCAGUUAGUGGAUCCCGGCGAGGCGGCAGAUGGACCAGAAACGGCAGAGCCAGCCGCAGCUACGCCGGAACUGGCGGGCCCGGUGUCGGAGGAGUCGGCGGAGCUCUACUUCUUGAUCGCUAACUUCCUCACCAACGCCUCCCAGUGUUCUCGCGCGGCGGCGGCGCUACGGCAAGAGCUGCGAGAGAAAAACCUUCUGGGUACUGCCUACAACUGGGAAGGUCACGCCCGACCCGCGAGCUUCGACGACGUCCAGCGGCGGCACCAGGCCUUGCCCGCCGACCAACUGGCUCGGGUAACGGCGCAAUACCUGCGGCAGCAACAAGCGGUUGCUGCUGCGACGGAUAUCAGCACUAGCGGCGGCGGCGGCGGCGGCAGCGGCGAUGCUGCAGGGGGCGGCAGCAGCAGCGGUACGGCGAUCGUCGUACAGGAGCAGCCUCCUCCGCUGACGGGGCCGGGGGUGUCGCGGUCUUUGCUGUCCAGGGUAGAGCCCUUCAGCGAAGACCGGGAGGCGAACGAGAGAGCCCGCACGCGCUGCGCCACCCGCGUGGUCGAAGCGUGCAUCGAGAGCGUGCGCGUGCGGGCCAGCGCCAGGAAGGUUUACAGCGAUCUGGCGACCGUCAAGAGCAAGCUCGAGGCGCUGGAGCUCGAUGCCGCCAGCGAGGCCCGCGCAAUCGCGAGCGCGGCGGGUUCUGCCACGCGGGGGCGUUGCCGGGCGGCGCUGGUGCCCGGCCAGGAGAGCCAGGCGGAGCUCACGAGGCUAGCCUUGAGACGACAGCGAGAGGAGCUGCUGGCACGAGAGGUGGUGUUGCCCGAGGAAGUGACGCUGGCUGAGGACGAGAAAGACGCCGCGCUUGCCGAGGCGAGACAGCGAGGCGCGAUGCACAACUCUCUCACUCGCUACGCCGGCAAGGCAGUGCCGACGAUACUGUCCAACAGGAGGGCGGGCGGCGCGCGCUUCGGCGGCGGCCGGAUCGCGGGGCGCGUUCCGCUCCGUGGGGCCUCUUCGCGGCUGCUCGACGACCGCAUGCGGCCCCUCAUCACGGCCAACGGGCACGGGGUGCACCCGGUGUUCUGCAUCAAGUUCGACCGCACGGGGCAGUACAUCUUCACGGGGGCGGACGACGCGCUCGUCAAGGUCUGGUCGGUGACCUCCGGCCGCCUGAUGCUCUGCCUCCGGGGGCACGCGAGCGUGAUCACGGACAUGGACGUGAGCCCGGACAACUCGAUGCUCGUCACCUCCUCCGACGACCGCAACAUGCGGGUCUGGGACCCUCGCACGGGGGCGACGCUUACGGUGCUGCGGGGGCACACCGCCGCCGUCAACCUGGUGCGGUUCGCGCCGGGGGACAGCGUGGCCAUGUCGGCUUCCGAAGACGGCACGUGCCGGGUGUGGGACCUUAGGGGCCAGGACAGCUUGGCGACGGAGGACGUCGUGCCGAUAGUCCUCCCGCACACCAACGAGCAGGGGGGCAUGAUCCCGGUCAUGUGCCUCUCGGUCAGCCCGGCGGGCAACCUCAUCGCCGCCGGCUGCAGCGACGGCGCCGUCCGCGUGUGGGCCUACGGCGACUCCGACGACGACGCCGCCUGGGGCACUGGCAAGCACAACACCCGCCGCACCGGCCGCGACACCAUCGGCCGCGGCGAGGUGUACAGGAGCGAGGCUCCCCGCCGGAGCAUUCCCCCGACCGUAGCGGCGGCGACGGGGCCGGUUCCAGUGGCAAGCGGAGGCGGGGCGCAAGCAGAGGUGCCGCCGGCGGUCCCGCCUCCGGCGGUGAUCCCGCCCGACGCUGUCCCAGAGAGUGGAGCGGCGGCGGCGGCGGCGGCGGCGGCGUUCGGGCUGGCGGGCGGAGAGAGCGGAGGCGCCAACGGGGCAGCGGCGGCGGCGGCGGUGGCGGCCGGUGGCGGCGGUUCUGCUGCUCUGCAGCCGCAACUGGCUCCUUGGGAAGGCGGAUCGGGCGUGGGCGCUGCUGUGAAUGGACCGUGGGGUGGUGAACUCGGGCCCGGUCAAGCGCCGCCCCCCCCGCGGCCCCCUCCUCCUCCUGCCACUCCGGCGGCCGUCGGAGAGGGAAGGGAGCGGCGGGGACGCUCGGCAAGCCGCGGUGGCGGUGGCGGUGACGGUGGUAAUGAUGAAGGCGGAGUCCUCGAAGUUCGCCUGGCCACCAAGCUGUUCGGCCAUGUCAGCGGCAUUACCGACGCCCGCUUCAGUGGUCUAGGGGACCGAAUCCUCACGGCGUCCAUGGAGGACGGGACCGCCCGCGUGUACAGCUGGGGGCCGCGGUUCUCGAACGUGAAGCACGUCGUGCUCAAGGUUUGCCGGCAGGAUACCGCUGCGGCGGGAAGGGCGCGGGGCGGCGGCCGCGCGCGCGCGGGCGGGGCUGGCAAGAAAUCCACGCUGGACGACGCCUGCUGGAGCUGCGACGACGACUUCAUCGUCACCACGGAGAAGGCUCCCGCGCUCACCGGUGCUGCGGCGUCUCGGUCGCAAGAAGAGGCCACGUCUCAGUUCAAGGUGUGGAGCAGCGAGACGGGGGCCCUUCUCCACACCGUCAAGGACGCCCACGCCAACACGGUCUCGGCGCUCAUCCCCCACCCCUACGACCCGACGCGGCUUGCCUCGGUCGGUGCCGAGGGGACGGUGUGCACGUGGGACGUGGGGCGGGGGGGGGGGCGGCGGGUUCGGGCGUUCGAGAACAUCCUGGCCGCGGGGCCCCAGUCGGAGCAGCUCCACCACGGCAUGUCGGUCGCGGUGCUCGACGGGGUGUUCUCUCCCGACGGGAACUCUAUCGCCGUCCCGGACGUGGUCGGGAGAUGGACAUUGUACGGCACCGGGCAUCGAACGGACGAGACGGUCGCAGGAAAGAAGGUUCCCCUGGAGCAGUACUUCACGUCCGACUACCGGGAGCUCCUCCGCGAUGAGCGGCACAACGUGGUGGAUGCCUUCACGCAGCAGCCGCCGCACCUGGCGCAGACGGGCCUCUUGGUGGAUCACAUCGGAGGAGGAGGCGGGGCAUGGAGCGGAGGCAGGAGCCGGGGGGCGUCGACCGCGCGCCAGCGAGGGUUUUACACGGACCCCGGGGAGGACGAGAUCUACCUGGAUAUCUCAGACGAGGACGGUGACUAUGACGCCCAAGACCCGGACUCGGAGUACGACGACGCCCCAAGAGGGAGGAGGGCCGGUGGCGGGGGGGGCUCCCGCAGAAGGGCGAACGAGCCGCUGUCGAGGGAGGAGCGGGCGAGGCGCCGGCAGCAGGCUUUGCUCGAACGGACGGCUGGCGGUGGAAGCGGCAGCGGUGCUCGGAGCAGGGCCGGGGCGCGCGGCAGGGGGGCAGGCCGAAACAACAGUGGCGGCGUGGUGAGCAGCCUCAGUAGCGACGAGGAAGAGGAGGAGGACGUGGAGGAGGACGAGGACGACAUGGACGAAGGGGGGGCGGGUUCCCGGUCCUCGGGCCGGCGGGCCGGGGGCAAGAGGAAGGGUAAGGGUAAAGGGAGAGCCCGUGGAAGGCGCGGCGGCGGCGGCGGAGGCGGUAGCGGCAGCGGGGAGCUGCCGGUCAUUCCUGACGAGUUCAACCAGUCGGUCGUUGCCGCCGACUCCGACGAGGAGAUCGAGCAGUGGCCGACCGGGGUGGAAGCGACUGGCCCCGGCGGGCGCAGCACUCGCGGGGCGGACAGGGCGGCGGCGGAGGCCGCCAUCGCCGCCGCCGGGGGGGUGCUCAAGGUCGACCGGGGCACGCUGAAGUGCGCGCUGUGCCACGGCGGACACACGCGGGAGCGGCCGCUGCCCGGGAAGAUCGUGGGGCCCCACCCGCUCAUGGACGGGGCCUCGCAGCUGUGGGUCCACGACUGGUGCGCCCUGUACAGCCCGAUGGUAUGCCGGGACGAUAGGACGGACGCGCUUUGCAACAUCACCUCGGAGGUGGGUGAGGUGGUCAUGUACUUCCCCCAGGGGCACGAGGCGUACUUGCGCACGUUCCCCGAGAACCAGGCGCCCCCCUACAAGUUCUUCAAGGGGCAGCCGUCCGUCGUCAAGUGCCAGGUGAAGGAGAUGUCGUUCGUCUUCCCCAAGGACACCGAGGAGGUUGGCAACCACUCGGUCGUCUGCCGCCUCUCUCUGGAGGUCCUCGGCUUCCCGGUCAGGGUCAGCUCCUCGGUGGUGGCGCGGACAGCCCUCAACCAGGCCUCCAGGGGAGACAACCCCCUGGCCUACCGCGAAGACUCCUUCGCCCCCCCGCCUGCCGAGGACGGGGGGGGUUCAGCCGAGGCGCACAGCCAGACGUUCUCCGUUAGCCUGAGGGACUGCGGAGAGGCCGACUUCUUGGUGUCCGAGAGGCGCUACAACGAGUCGGUAGGGCGGAACUGGAGGCCCUCGGAGCGCGUCAUGAUGGAGUGGAAGGAGGGCGAGGACGGCGAGGAGGGGGAGGGUGUCCUGAAGCCGUACUUCGGGGUGAUGGUGAGGCUGGGGAUGGCGGGGGCGGGGGGCGCAGGGGGGGCGCAGUCGUCGUCGAGGAACGACUGGCCGAACUCGCCUUGGGACUGCCUGAGCAUCCGGUGGGACUUGGACAACACGAUAAGCUCUCUGGGGCCAUGGGAGCCGAGACCGGUGACGUGGGACGAGAGCGGAGACCCGCCGGCGGUGGAGCCGGCGAGCCUCCGUGCCUGUAUCCCCCGCGAUCUACGGGACGCCCUGGCCGCGAAGGUGCGGGAGGUUGCCGAGUCGCCGGACGCCGCGCUCUUCGCGGAACCAGUGGACGUGGUGGACUACCAUACGAUCGUCCCCGUGCCGAUGGACCUCGGGCUCAUCCUGCGGCGCUUGGAGAAGGACUACUACUGCUCUGUGGAGGCUCUGGAGUUCGACUGCAACCUGGUGUACGAUAACUGCACCAAGUACAACGAGCCGGGCUCCGACAUCGUCAAGCUCGCCUUCACAGUGUCCGACCAGCUGGUACAAGCCAUCAAGGCCAUUUCGGAGCCUGGCGGUGGGGGCGCAGGCGGCGGCGGAGGCGACGCUGUGAUUGGUCGACCGUCCUCGGUAGCUGCCAACGGGGGCGGCGGGAGCGGGAGCGGGAGGAACGGGGGGGGGGGUGGCGCUGCUUCUGCGGGACCCCAACGGUCGCGGCAAGGAUCGGGCUCUGGGGGAGGAGCGUCUGGUGCUCGGCGGGGGGGGUACGAGGAAGAGGAAGAGGAGGAGGGGGAGGAGGAGGGCGGGGGAUUGAUCCGGCAAGGGAAGCGAAAACGGGCGCGGACGGAAAGAGGGAGGAGCUACUCCGGUGGAUCUUCCGCCAGCGCCGCCGCCGCCGCCGCCGCCACCACCACCACCGCUCCUGUCCGAGAAUCCGAUCGGCGAAGGAGAUCAACCAGCAAAGCGAGUUUUUCCUACGCCAGCGACAGCGAGGAAGCGGAGGAAGCGGAGGAAGAGGAGGAGGUGGAGGAAGAAGAGGACGCUCCAAGUGCGGUUGUAGGAUUUGCGGCCGGCCGGGGGAUGCGCCGGGCAGAACAACCGGCCAGCGCGGCGGCAGGAGAUCUGCCUAACGGAGCCGUGCAAGGGGCCGGGGAGAACGGGCACCUGCUGGGCAUCCUCGGCGCGAUCGACGAGGAGGGCUGGUUCGCCGAGCCGGUGUCGGAGGCCGCGGCCCCCGGCUACAUCUCGGCGAUCCUGCGGCCGAUGGACCUGGGCACCGUGAGGGGACGGCUAGAGGGGCGCCGGUACCGGGACGUUUCCGAGCUGCAGGACGACCUGCUGCUGGUGGUGGCCAACUGCUUCACCUACAACUCCCCCGGCACGAUGUUCGAGGCGGCGGCCACGAGCCUCGCGGAACAGGCGAGCGGGGCUUACGCCCAGGCUCUUGCCGCGGCGUCGGCGACUAACGGGUGGGGCUUGUCGGGGGGCGGGGGCGGGGGGGCGGCGGGAGCGGCGGCGGCGGCACCGGCGCGGGUAGAGAAACGAAAGCGUGGCAGACCUAGAAAAAAUAAAGUCGGCUGACUGAUGGGUUGUUGACGCGGAGCGGUGUCUUGUUUGUAGCAGGUGGGGGGCGGGGGGAGUACUUAGAGGCGGGAGGUAAUAAAACACAAUAGUUGUUUCAAUGUACAAUACUUGGAAUGUGGAAUGGUGGGCGGUUCCUGGCUUGUUGUUUAAGCGUGCAACCCACCACCUUUCAAUAGAGCCGAAAUGUAGAUAUCUUGUCCUCGCGGAUCGGAGGAAUUUAUUUGCUGCCACGGGGCGCACUUGAUAGUUGCCGACAACAGCAGCACCCCCUUUGCGCGAGACGUGGCGAGCACCCGCGCCAUGAACCGCUGUUUUGAGCUCCGUUGCCGGAGGCGGGUUUGUGUCGGCGGAGGGGUUCGGCGGGUAGGUGCGAUCGUGAUACGCGUGCGUUUCCCGCCACCACGCAUUCGCGCACGGCGCACGAUGUUUUCGCCACAAGCAUUGGUGGGAAACGGGUUUGUGUGACGACGCACUUGCGUGUUUUAGGUCAGCGGUUUGGUGGCUUGUGAACGGUGCGAACCUUCACGGCGGUGAGCUUGGCGAGCGUAGGGCGUGGAGCAAGCAAGAUGCGUGCAUGCAGACGGGUCGGUUUCAAUGGCAGGCAGGGACUAAGCUAAGUGGCUUUCUCAGGGCGACUUCUAGAGAUAAAAAGGCAAGAAAGCUUCUUAAGACUAUGACGGGGGAGGGGGAGGUUUGUCCAAAAUGAGUUCCAGUAUGAUUUGUUUGGGUAAAAUAAGUCUCAUCGUUCGAGACGGAUCGGUGCUUUCGUUUUUUCGACAAAGGUAGGUAAUGCUUGUGCACGUAAGAAAAAGGGACUCGCGCGUGUCAACGUCACGCCCCAUGCGUCUAUCUUUGGUGUGCACCUUGUAUGGGGUCUUUGUCUGUGGUGUUGCUAGACCUCGAAAAUCCCUGGAUAGGCUGAGGAGAGGAACAUUUUCAGGGGUAGGCUAGGGAGAUGAAAAUUUUCAGUACCUUUUCUUGUCACGACGGUCUCAAUGCCCUGCCUUCCCCUCUCUCCGGCAGUACAGGCGUAUGCAUUCCUGCUUGUUUUUUUCGUCCUUGAUGGAACACAACCGUCACAUUGUAUCGCUUGAAGAAGCACAUGCGCGAUAAGCGGAUCUGCCCUAGCUGUAGGUUACCCUAAGAGAACGGCGGCAAUAUAAGCUUUGAUACAGUAGCGUGAUGCGACAUGUAGACCAUUAACGUUAGGAGGCACUUAAAACAAGUGUUUGAGGUUGAAACAACUGCUAGUGUCCGUGGUGAAAACAGCAGUCAGAGCGGGUUUCUUUGCACCGCAACCCAA